UCUUCAGCUCCUGCCAAGUUCUCAGUGUGUGGAUAGUUGCCUGUCUGGAUUUGUCAGGCUGCUGGACCUCAUGAAGCCAGUUUGCUGUUACAGUUGUGUUCCUUAUGCAGAAGGGACCAUCUCCACUCAGGAAGAUGCUGAGCGUUGUUUGAUAUGCCCUGAGGACCAGCAAUCUAACAAGGACUGGAAUCAAUGUGUUCCUAAGGAAAGCAACCUCACAGUGCUGGAAAAUCCUGUCCUUCUUGUUUGCUAUCCGUGAGAUCAACCAGGAUCCCAAUAUCUUACCCAACCUCACCCUGGGCUACAAUAUUCAUGACAAUUACUUUGAUGCCAGAACAACAUCAGAAGGUUUGGUAGAUCUGCUCUCUCCUGGGCAGGCAGAUGUUCCAAACUACAGGUGUGGAGGAAGACAGAAUAACCUCUUAACUAUAAUUGAAGGGACAGAAACAGACAUCUCCUUCUUAAUUUCAUCCAUGUCAGGCAACUACAAAAUCCCUCAGGCUGCCCCAUCGGUGAAAGGCUGGACAAGAUGCAUUGAGAAUGAGGCAGUGGGGACCCUUCCCCAAAGCGAGAUUGAAAAAACUGUGUCUCUAGACACCUCUCGUAUUUACCACACUGUCUGGGGCCUGGCACGGGCCUUAGAUGUAGCUUAUUCUUCUCAAUUCAAGAGGAGGAAGGUGGAAGGUGAUGGAGGGACAUCAGUACUGCAAAUUCUGCAACCGUGGCAGCUUCAUCCUUUCUUGCAAGAUUCUCACUUUUACAACACUUCCACGGAUGGAGUGUAUUUAGAUGAGAAUGGUGAACUAGCAGCUGAUCUGGACAUUGUGAAUUGGGUGAAAUUUCCUAAUGGUUCUAUCGUCAGUGUGCAAUUUGGAAGCAUAGGAAGGCAGGGCUCCUCAGAGCCCCAAUUUAACAUUGAUGAAGACGCCAUGGUGAGGCUCAAAUGGCUCAACCAGGUGGGAGGGAAGAAGUCGUUCCAUGUCACUCCCCUUACUUUCACCUACUAUGUAAUUACUGUAAGAUUCUCUCUGAAGUUCUUUAGAUCUUCUGAUCUCUUUUUGCUAUUCAUUUGGCCAUUUCAGACCCUGCCUCCUUCCAGAUGUGUGGAAAGCUGCCAUUCUGGUUUUCUCAAGGUAGUCCAGAGAGGACAGCCAGUUUGCUGCUAUGACUGUGUUCCUUGUGCAAAGGGGACCAUCUCCACUCAGAAAGAUGCAGUCCACUGCACCAGAUGUUUGGAAGAUCAGCAUCCAAAUGAACACCAAAAUCACUGUCUUCCAAAAUAUAUAACCUUUUUGUCAUAUAAAGAAUAUUUGGGGAUCAUCCUGGGUUCUUUUGCUCUAUUUUUGUCAUUCAUCACAGCCUUUGUAUUAGUAAUUUUCAUAACAUCUCAUGAAACUCCAAUAGUUAAAGCCAACAAUCGGGAUCUCUCCUACAUUCUCCUCAUCUCACUCCUCCUUUCAUUUCUUACCACCUUUCUCUUCAUUGGCCAGCCAAGGAAAGUUACCUGUCUUCUCCGACAAACAGCCUUCAUCAUAGUUUUCUCAGUGGCCAUAUCUUGUCUUUUGGCCAAAACCAUCACAGUGGUGCUGGCCUUCUUGGCCACAAAGCCAGGGAACAGAAUGAGGAGGUGGCUUGGGAAGACUUUAACCAAUGCUCUUGUUCUUGUUUGCUCUGCUGUCCAAGUUCUGAUUUGUUCCAUCUGGCUGGCAAUCUUUCCUCCUUUCCCUGACACAGACAAGCACUCCCAUCCUGAAGAGAUUGUUCUGCAGUGCAAUGAAGGACCUGUCAUCAUGUUUUACUCUGCCCUUGGCUAUAUGGGCUUCCUGGCUGUUGUCUGCUUCACAGUGGCUUUUCUGGCCCGAAGACUACCUGGGGCCUUCAACGAAGCCAAGCUGAUCACCUUCAGCAUGCUGGUCUUUUGUAGUGUUUGGGUCUCCUUUGUGCCCACUUACCUGAGCACCAAAGGUAAAUACAUGGUGGCUGUGCAGGUUUUCUCCAUCUUAGCCUCCAGUGCUGGACUGCUGAGUUGCAUCUUUUUCCCCAAGUGCUACAUUAUUUUGCUGAGGCCAGAGUUGAAUACAAAGGAGCAACUAACCACAAAAAACAAUCUAUAG